AUGACACCUUUGGGCCGACAUAUGUUUGCAAUUGCACCAUCUGCUAUAUUUUUGUUGGCCGCACCCAUCCGAGUCGUUCAGCUAUACAAGAAGAAUGACAAGAUACGAUGGCUCUCGCUAAAGGCAAUAAAAAUGGCAACCAUCAUUGUCUAUUGCCUUUUAAAACUGAGCCUGCUGAUACUAUGGACGCUUCAUGCGGAUCUUCGGUCAAAAGCUACGAUCGCAGCUGGGGCUUUCGACCUGGCUUCAGCAAUUCUGACGGGUUUGCUUUCGCCGGUCGAGCAUGCGAAAUCAUCGAGACCUUCACCAUUGAUUAAUGUGUUUCUACUCUCUACAGCGCUUCUUGAUGGUGCUAGGGCGAGAACAGAAUGGCUUAUUCUCCAGCAAGCUUCGGUUCUAAUUCCCUCUAUGUUCAUUGCCUCUCUUAUUGUCAAGAUUCUCCUUCUCGUAUUCGAGUCGAUUCCCAAAAGACAUCAUGUGUUGCCGCCGAGUGACAAGCAGACGCCGGAAGUGACCAGUGGCAUCUUUGGGCUGAGUCUCCUCGCUUGGCUUAAUCCACUGAUUGUCUUAGGAAACCGGGGGAACAUAUCCCUACUAGAGCUAUUCCCCGUGGACGAACACAUUGCCUCUGUCGCGGUUGACACGAAACUACAAGCCGAAUGGAAGUUGAGCUCGAAGAAUAAGUCUUAUUCUCUUGCUUUAGCAAUGACACGAGCUCUCUGGCUGCCUCUAAGUGUGACGAUGAUUCCUCGGUUCUUCCUUGUCGGUUUCUUGUUGGCACAGCCAUUCUUGAUCGAGAACGCAGUCCAUUUCGUAGAGAACACGGAAGAUACUGGCAAUUACGUUGGUUAUGGUCUGAUCGGAGCAUCGAUGCUGGAUAUCAUGGACACCAGUGUUGAGAAAUCGUCCGCUGUCACUCUUAUGGGCACAGAAGUGGAACGAAUUGUUGCAACACUCCAACAUGUCAUCAGCAUUGCCCCUGAUUUUAUUCAAGUAGGGCUUGCGGUGUGGAUUCUGGAGAUUCGACUCGGUCCCAUUUGUGUUGCCCCCAUAAUAAUGGCACUGAUCUCAGCUAUAGCAUCAGCCCAGGUUGCCAAGCUUAUAAGACCGCGACAGAGAAGAUGGAUGCAGGCAAUACAAAAAAGGGUUGGGGUCACAUCCCAAGUGAUAGGGUCCAUCAAGAGUAUGAAAAUGCUUGGACUCACUGCCAAAAUGACAAAGAUUGUGCAGAAUCUAAGGGUGAUGGAAUUGCAUGACUCCAAGAAAUUCAGGCAGGUUCAAAUCACCAAUAUAAUCCUCGGGAACGCACCCGGUCUGCUGUCUCCUGUUGUCACCUUUAUGGGUUUCGCUAUAAUUAUCAAGCUUUCAAAUGGCGACCUGCCGAACACAGCAACAAUCUUCUCGUCCUUGUCCCUGCUGUCGAUUUUGAUUAACCCAGUCAAUGAGUUGACUGCUGCUUUACCGAAUUUGACUGCGGCAUUGGAUUGCUUCAACCGGAUCCAAGAAUACAUCAUGGCCGAUAGGCGCAUCGAUUAUCGGACCAUAAAAUCCACUACUUCUGGUCGAUCUGAUAUCUUCGCCGAUAAUUCCCAUACGGCGAGCCUUCCAGAUGUUGAUUACAACACCAAAUCCCCCAAAUCUGAGGACAAUGCUGAGACAAUGGUGACCACACAAGUCCCUGCAGUGCACGUACAAAAUGACCCGGCAAUUAUAAUAGACCAUGUCGAUGCUGGCUGGUCGAAAGAUGUUAUCGUCUUGCAUGACUUGUUAAUACAGAUUAGGCCGACUAGACUAACCAUGAUCGUUGGCGAUGUCGGGUGCGGGAAAUCCUCGAUUUUGAGGCUCUUGCUUGGCGAAAUUGUCCUUAUCAAAGGAUCUGUCACUCUGUCUACAGAUGACAUCGCGUACUGCAAUCAGACACCUUUCCUCACCAACCAAAGUAUUCGGAAAAGUAUUAUUGGGGCUCGGGAGUACGAUGAGGAAUGGUACCAUAGAUGCGUACAUGCAUGUGCACUCGAUGUGGAUCUCAAGCGCUUUGCAAGCGGUGACAAUACUGUUGUCGGAAGUAAAGGCAUUGCAUUGAGCGGUGGACAGAAGCAGCGCUUGGCAUUGGCCAGAGCUGCCUAUGCACGAAAGAACAUUGUCUUGUUGGAUGAUGUGUUGAGUGGACUGGAUGCUGAAACUGAGCAUCAAUGCUUCGGUCGCCUUCUUGGUCCAGAUGGGCUAUUUCGGCGUUCAAUGGCGACAAUCGUCCUUGUUACACACUCUGUAAAAUGGUUGCCAUACUCGGAUCAAGUUAUUGCGAUGAGUCACGAAGGGAGAAUACUACAAUCUGGCUCAUAUGAAACGCUUGUUUUAGAACCUGGUUAUAUCCAAAAUCUUCAAUUGCAGAAGACUCAUCAAAUAGCACCACCAUCAGGAACAGACCAUGUUCCAGAAAAGAAUGAACCAGUGAGUGCCUCACAGACGAAUGAGUCGAACAGCGCUACCAACGGAGAGAACCGAGGCAAAAGAGACUUUUCAAAUCUCAACUUCUAUAUAUCCUCAAUGGGCAGGACGAGUUUCUUUCUUUUCGUGUCCUUAGUUGGGGUUGAAGUGGUACUCACAGCCCUGCAACCCCUAUGGCUCAACUGGUGGGUACAGGCUUACCAAGAAGAUCCCAAUCUGGACCUGGGCAUGUGGGCCGGUGUAUAUGCCCUUUUUGGGGUUCUAGGAUUGUGUUUUUUGGGACUGAGCGGAGGGGCACCCCUGGAUUUCUUUACCCUCAUGGACACAGGAGCAAUUGUCAACCGCUUCAGUCAGGACAUGACGCUAGUGGACAUGUCAUUACCCAUGGCUCUCCUCCUUGCCACUGAACGAUUUGGCAAUUCUAUUGCAGAAGCUGUUCUCACUUGCGUCGCAUCCGGAUAUAUGGCGAUCUCCCUACCUUUUCUUGCUGCAACUCUUUACUAUCUCCAAAAUGCAUACUUACGAACAUCACGUCAAAUUCGUCUGCUCGACCUCGAGGCCAAAUCUCCUCUUUAUACGCACUUCACUGAAUCACUGCAGGGAUUACAUACCAUUCGAGCCUUUGCAUGGUCGGAACAUCUAAUAUCUCAAAACACAAUGCACCUAGAUAUCUCUCAACGGCCAUUCUACCUUCUUCUGUGUCUGCAGCGGUGGUUGAAUCUUGUUCUUGAUCUGAUAGUUGCGGCCCUGGCCAUUAUUCUCAUGUCUCUGGCAGUAGCACUCAGACAUAGCAUGAAUACAGGUCUGCUUGGGGUUGCAAUGGUCAGUAUUGUGAACUUUGGGCAGACACUAUCGUACUUUAUUACCUACUGGACCAUGCUGGAGACCUCCCUGGGUGCUAUCGCCAGGACCAAGCAAUAUAUGGCGGAGACACCGUCAGAGGAGGUGAAGGGGGCCCAGAAUCUUCCUCCAGACUGGCCCUCAGAGUCGAGCAUUGAGAUUUGUGAUGUCUCAGCUUCUUACAGAAAUGCCGGUCGAGAGGUGUUGACCGACGUAAGCCUGUCGAUUCCAGCAGGACAGCGAUUGGCAAUUUGUGGGCGUAGUGGGUCUGGUAAAUCUACUUUGAUCGCACUCCUUCUCCGCUUGAUGGACCCUGACAAGGGCUCUAUCUUCAUUGGGGAUCAGAAUAUCUCCUGCUAUAGUCGAGAGGCGAUUCGAAGCCGUCUUGUGACCCUACCACAAGAGCCUUGGUUUCUUCCUGGAGGAUGUGGGACUGUGCGUGAUAACCUAGAUCCUUUCAAAGACACGGCAGAUAAAAAGGAGAUCUAUAAGGUACUGGAAAAGACUGGUCUUGAGGAACAGGUUAAAGCCAUGGGUGGGUUGGACGCAGACAUGGAUCAGGAGGGAGGCAUUUUGUCGUCAGGCCAAAGGCAGCUGUUCUGCCUGGCCCGCGCGAUGUUAAUGCGACGAAGCAAGCUACUGAUUAUGGAUGAGGCGACAAGCAGGUAUGCUCUCUAG